CGGCGCCUGAACUGCUUUUCUAAAUAAGGAAAUCCUCAUGAGCGCCAACUUUUUUAGGGCCAACGCCGCUUAACCGGAUUAAAUCCCAACCGGCAGCAAAGGUCGUAGCCGCGCAGAAAUACAUAAUAUGUAUGUCCCUUGUCCAAGGGCAUCUUGCUUUUAAGAUUCCCCACUCCCGAGCAGCGGGACUUAGUCUACACGCCGAACAGUCUGGUUUCUAGACGUCCCAGUGACACUAUAUAUGCGUCUUUCCUUGCUUUCAAGCCCUGCUCUCCUUUUGGUCUCGUUGCUACGGUGCUUCGUCUAUGUGAAAGGCACGCCUCUGAAGACAAGGGGUAACACGCUCAGGAAGCCCACGCAUGGUGCCGUGGCAAGUGAAUCAGCUGUGUGUUCAGGCAUUGGGGGUGACAUUCUCAGGGCUGGUGGGAAUGCUGCUGAUGCCAUUGUUGCGACGGUGCUUUGUGUGGGCACGGUGGACGCACAUCAUUCCGGCAUUGGUGGUGGAGGCUUCGCGCUAGUGAGGAGCCCUAAGGGCAAGUACAAAAUGAUCGAUUUCCGAGAGACAGCACCAAGGGCGUCGAAUGAGACAAUGUUUGUCACUCAAACUAACUCUACUGCAUCUACCAUUGGAGGCCUCUCUGUUGGCGUCCCCGGUGAGCUCCGUGGGCUGGAGUCGAUUCAUAAAAUGUACGGCCGUUUGCCCUGGAAAAGGUUAUUCCAACCUGCCAUCAAACUUGCCAAGGAAGGCUUCGUCAUCCAAGGACAACUUGCUGGAGCGAUUGCAUCCAAUGCUGCGUUUAUUCUUAACGACACGGAGUUUUCUUCUGUUUAUGCCCCCAACGGCACACUCCUUAAGCAAGGAUCCGUUGCCCACCGACCUGCUUACGCCAAGACCCUCACGGCAGUAGCGAACCACGGGGCGGAUGAGUUUUACUGCAAAGAUAGAUGGAUCGCCCGAGCGAGUGUCAAGGCUGCCCGACAUAGCUACUUGCAACCAGGUAUUAUUACCCUUGAAGACUGGGAAGGAUAUAAGGUUGAGAUUCGAGAACCGGCCAGUAUCCACUAUAAGGGCCUUAAGCUUACCUCAACUGUGGCACCCUCGUCAGGGACUGUCGUUCUUGGCGCGUUGAACAUUUUGAGCGGAUAUGAUCUGAGCUACACAACGGAUCCCACCACGGGACUGGUAGUGGAUUCAAACUUGACGGCACACAAACUAGUAGAGAGUUUCAAGUUUGCAUACGGACAAAGAACAGUACUCGGUGACCCAAAGUUUGUAAAGAACGUGACCAAACUGGAGCUAGAGUUCAUGGAGCCUCAAAUGGGAGCGAAGAUUAGGGCCGUGAUGCCAAGCAAUUCAACCGGGCCACCAUCGCUGUAUGAUCCAACCGGCUUCGAAAUCAAGCAGACGCCAGGCACGAGUCAAAUCGUUGCCGCCGAUGAGAGUGGACUCGUUAUCAGUUUGACAACUACUGUCAACCUAUAUUUCGGCUCACAUAUCAUGGUUCACGAAACGGGCGUGAUUUUGAACGAUGAAAUGGACGACUUUUCUUCACCUGACUCAUCGAAUGCGUUCGGAUAUGUCGCUACACCCGCAAAUUAUAUUCAACCCGGCAAACGCCCCCUUUCUUCUAUCAGUCCAGUUAUUGCGGAAGAUGAACAUGGUCGCUUUGUCUUUGCCAAUGGGGCAGCGGGCGGCUCAAGGAUCAUCACCGCUAACAUUCAAACUCUGCGUCACUACUUAGAUCACAACUAUACAGCUCAGCAAGCUGUUAAUGCCCCGCGAGUACAUGAUCAAAUUUUUCCACAAGUCACCACUGUCGAGUACACAUCUGUUUCACAGAACGUUACGGGCUACAAUAAUGCCACCGUUGCAUCCCUUGCUAGCCUCGGCCAUAAUAUUAGCUGGGUAGCCCCUGGAGUGAGUGUCGCAGCCGUGAUUGGACACAGAGAUGGGGUGUUCGAUCCCGCCGCUGAUCCCAGGGUACCGAAUUCUGGUCAUGUCGUUAUUCAAUGCUGAUGAGUGGCGGGGUGAAUGAGGUGAAGGAUGCGGUGUCAAAAUUCAUUCCUUGUUAUAGACAUCUAUCGAGUAACAUUGGAAUAUAAUACGUAUAUCCUUCCUGUUCCUUUUUGCUAACGCGGAGCGGAUCGUUGCCAUCCCUUCACAUUCGAGCAAGACAUAUUUUGUGCAACGACUUCAUGCCUGUCAUUAUCUAAUAGCUAGCUAUUACGUUCAGAUCAGCUGUGUAUGUAUCUUCUGUAAAUUUGGACUCAGCAAGAAUACAACGG